CUCUCAAUUCCCAACUAAUUAGGCGCAAAUCACAGAAUCGCCGGCCGCCGAGUAAUCAAAAGCAAGCAAGCAGCUAUCGUCGGCGAUUCAAAUUCUCGCUUUCCGUAGCCCGUAGGUCAUAAAUAAAAAAGCUACGAAACGCUCCUUCCCCACGCGCCAAAAGUAUCUAUCUCCUCCACCGCCACCGCCACCGCCCAUUCCUUCUUCCGCCGCUGCUGCUGCUUCUAGCUCUCCCGUCGCCGGCACUCGUUUCUAUUGCAUUUUGCUUCAGAUUGACGGGAGCUGCUGAGGGAGGGGGAAAGGCAAGAGGAGAAGCCGGAGGCGGGGGGAGGUUUUUCCAGCUUCCCUCUCCGGUAUGGAGGAGCAGCCUCUGAAACGGGCCUUGUUGGACGCAAGUGCAGGGGCGAUCGCCGGAGGGAUAUCUCGUACGGUGACUUCGCCCCUUGAUGUCAUCAAAAUCAGAUUCCAGGUUCAGCUGGAGCCAACUACAUCGUGGGCUUUGCUCAAUAGAAAUCUGGCUGCUCCAUCCAAGUAUACAGGAAUGCUGCAAGCAACCAAGGAUAUAUUUAGAGAAGAAGGUUUCGCGGGUUUUUGGCGUGGUAAUGUUCCAGCUCUGCUCAUGGUUAUGCCGUACACGGCCAUACAAUUUGCUGUGUUGCACAAGAUAAAAUCAUUUGCAGCUGGUUCUUCCAAGACAGCUGAUCACAUUCAUUUGAGUCCAUAUUUGUCCUAUGUAAGUGGCGCUUUGGCGGGAUGUGCAGCUACCUUGGGAUCAUAUCCAUUUGAUCUUGUUCGCACCAUAUUAGCUUCUCAAGGGGAACCCAAGGUGUAUCCAACAAUGAGAUCUGCAUUUGUUGACAUUGUCAAAGCUCGUGGUUUUAAAGGCUUAUACGCAGGAUUAUCCCCAACCCUGGUCGAGAUUGUCCCAUAUGCAGGGCUCCAAUUUGGUACAUAUGAUACAUUCAAGCGCUGGGCCAUGGCAAGUCGCUGUUCGGUCCUUUUAUUGCAGGCAUGGAAUCAUUCUAGAUCCAGGACCAUGACUACUAGAGAUGAUGAUAACCUUUCGAGCUUCCAACUUUUUAUUUGUGGCAUAGCUGCUGGGACGUGCGCUAAACUUGUUUGCCAUCCUCUUGAUGUCGUCAAGAAAAGAUUCCAGAUCGAAGGACUUCAGAGGCACCCGAAAUAUGGUGCUAGAGUCGAACACCAUUCGUACAAAAACAUGUUUGAUGCCCUGCGCCAGAUCAUGCUGGCGGAAGGCUGGGCUGGUCUAUACAAGGGGAUCGUCCCCUCGACUGUCAAGGCUGCUCCUGCCGGUGCUGUAACAUUUGUGGCUUAUGAAAUGACGUCGGACUGGCUAGAAUCUAUUUGGACUUGAAUCUGGAAAAACAGGAUUGAAUUUUUUUUUUUUUGUUAUAGUGUUUCUUGACGCAGAAUUUAGGCCGUCUAGCCGUCUACCAUUCAUUUUUGUUUACCUAAUAAGUAUUAACGCACGAAAAGCUCAGCCUCUCCCCAAGAUGGGCUUUCACCACAUAGUAUUCUUACUUUUUGCCUAGUCAGUAUUAUAUAGGGAUACCCGAUUUGAGAUUGUAUUCUUGACAUUAUAAGAAAAGCCAUAACAUCGUGUAUUUUUGUCAUUGCCAGUGAAAUGUCUCUUCUGUUUUAGUUCGGUCUCACCAAUGUAAUCAGUGAUCAGAUAGUUCGAGGCACUGCAGUAUAAUUGCUUGUGGUAAACUGUAAUAAAUGAUAUCAACCGCUUGG